UCCUACGCUUAUGUGAUAUGUGAGUCGCAUAUACACACACACGUGCACAUGCAAUGUACAAAACACGAAAUUGCAGCGGUAUUGCAUAAAAUUUAAAUGACAGGUGUUACAGAUCCUUCCGUUAGAUAUAUCAUGUAAAUGUACCCUUCGGAAUAGCAAUUUUCAUGUAAAAAUCUUCAUAACAAAACGGUAUUACGCGUCUGUACGAUUUAUAAAUGAAUCCAUCCCUUUCCACCGUUUACUCGAAGCAGUGAUGCUGUUCAAAGUGUUUGAAAUUAUCUUCAUGAAUCUUAUUCUGGUUGAUUGAAUUGCAACUGAAAUUGAGUAUUCGCAAAACUUUUAUUGACAUUGUUAAUUUCAUCGAGAUUUCAAGCAACUGUAUAACGUGAGACACCGCGUGAGCCCAUCGAAACGAUUGUCCUUGUUCUUUGUGUACAUACGAACAUUCGUGCCAUUCGUAUAUCUUUCAUAAACUGUAACAGAAAUAAAUCGUGAAGUAGCAAUCGUAUCGAGCAAUCGUAGCAAUUAUAGUUGUAGAUAAAUUGAAUAUCCGUUUCUGAUUAAGGAUAAAAUAAAAAAACUGAAGAUGCCUUGUGAAAUGAUAACUUUGCAGCUUGGCCAAUGCGGUAAUCAAAUUGGAUUCGAGUUCUGGAAGAAGUUGUGCGCUGAGCAUGGUAUCAGUCCAGAAGGUAUUUUAGAAGAUUAUGCGACAGAAGGAACAGACAGAAAAGAUGUAUUUUUUUAUCAGUCCGAUGAUGAACAUUAUAUACCAAGAGCAGUAUUAUUAGACCUAGAACCGAGAGUAAUUCAUACUAUUAUGAACUCUCCAUAUUCAAAGUUAUACAAUCCAGAGAAUAUUUACUUAUCGAAACACGGAGGUGGUGCUGGAAAUAAUUGGGCAUCCGGCUAUCAUCAAGGAGAGAAACUUCAAGAAGAAAUUUUUGAUAUUUUAGACAGAGAGGCAGAUGGAAGCGAUAGUUUAGAGGGAUUUGUGUUGUGCCAUUCUAUAGCUGGUGGUACAGGUUCAGGUAUGGGUUCAUUUAUGCUCGAGUCUUUGGCAGACAGGUUCCCCAAGAAGUUGCUUGAGACAUACAGUGUUUUUCCAAAUCAGGAUGAAAUAAGCGAUGUAGUGGUACAGCCAUAUAACUCGUUGUUAACUUUGAAAAGAUUGACGCAAUGCGCUGAUUGUGUUGUUGUACUGGAUAAUACAGCACUUAACAGAAUAGCGUCGGACAGACUUCACAUUCAGAAUCCUAGUUUCACUCAGAUUAAUAAACUUGUAUCUACAAUAAUGUCUGUCAGUACGACUACUCUUCGGUAUCCUUCUUAUAUGAAUAACGACUUAGUAGGUUUGAUCGCACCAUUGAUUCCAACACCGCGGUUACAUUUCCUUAUGACUGGUUACACUCCCCUCACUACAGAUCAAGAAGGAACUUCUGUAAGGAAAACUUCUGUGUUAGAUGUGAUGAGGCGUUUACUGCAACCGAAGAAUAUGAUGGUCUCUACGGCAUUAGACAGGAAUGCAUCUCAUUGCUACAUAUCCAUUUUAAACAUCAUUCAAGGUGAGGUAGACCCUACACAAGUUCAUAAGUCCUUGCAAAGGAUUAGGGAAAGAAAACUCGCACAAUUUAUACCUUGGGGGCCUGCCAGCAUACAAGUAGCCCUUUCGAGGAAAUCGCCUUACAUUCAAAGUACACAUCGGGUGUCUGGCUUGAUGUUAGCCAAUCACACUAACAUAUCAUCGUUAUUUGAUCGUGCCUUACAACAAUUUGAUAAAUUACGGAAACGCGAAGCGUUCUUGGAGCAAUUUCGUAAAGAGAAAAUGUUCGAGGAGAACUUAGACGAGUUGGAUGGCUCCAGGCAGGUCGUCGAAUAUUUGGUACAAGAAUACCAAGCCGCCACGCGAGUCGAUUACCUGUCUUGGAAUCCGAACAAAGUAGAGACAUAAAAUACUCGACGGUAGCGAUAAGACUAUUAUAUACAAGAGCUCGAGACGUUCAAUGAAACUAUUGUGGAAAUUCUAUUCUACCGCGAUAUUGUGAACAAAUAUUUUAUGAUGUUCUUUAAAUCUCUUCAGCCUUUUGAACUUAGAUCUAUUUUAAACUUUCUCGCAUAAAAAGGUGGCAAUGUAGCGAUCGUAAUGAAUCCUGUAUGACCAGGUAAAGAACGGGCAUGGGUCACCGUGAGCAGCUUCA